AUGAACUCCUCUGGCUCAAUUGGUGUCAAAUGUUCCUCCAGGUAUGCACAGUGUCCCACAUUGUCACUGCUGAUUGCAGGUUUAUUUGACAUGCCGCUUGGAAUGGAAUCAGGGAUUAGUGCUGCUGCUCGCCAUACCAAUGGCCAAGGACCAUUUGCCCAACCCGCCAACACUGGGACUUGUGGCAGACCACUUUAUCCCGAGCCCUGCUUGCCUCCAAUGGGCCACAUUACCCACUACGACAGCCAUUGGGUCCCUGGACUGAUCCUCUGGCGGACUGGAAUUGGUUGCUGUCACCAACUACAGGCCUCUUCCACCGGCUUGGGGCAACCUGGAAAACAUUUUUCUCCUGAGGGUUCCUCCGUCACGUCACGUCGCUUUGCACCAUUGCCUUCACAUUCCUCCAGUCCAUGGUGGACUGCCCCUCUCCCCACUGAUGUUCUUUGUGCUAUGGUCCGUCCCAUUACUGGGUCUGACAGCGUUCUUCUCACAGGUGCUGGUUGUUUCUCAGAAACGGUCCCUAACACCAGCCCAUCCAUCCUUCAAGCUUGGCAAACGGCUGCAGAGCUUUACACGGACUACUAUGGGUGGGUUCCAGACAAGAUCGAGAUUCACGGCGACGAAGCUAUCUUAGUUGCUGCCCUGUUGAAAGGUCGCCUUUGCGUGAUCAGUGAUGGAUCCUUCAAGGAUGAGUUGGGGACCGCGGCGGUUCAACUCCUGGUGAAGCAUGGAGGGUCAGACCGGAUCACCAUCCGGUAUCAGACCCCGGGUUUGCCCCAGGAUCAGAGCCCAUACCGCAGUGAACUCAUCGGUCUGAUGGCCGGUAUCAUGGCAAUUGAUUGGCUCCUCCAGCAAUGGGCUCCAAAUCUGUUGACAUGUCCCAGGGUGCGGAUUGCUUGUGACGGUCUCUCUGCCACUGAGAUGGCUUUCGAAAGAUUGCCCACUUUCUCCUACUUGUCAUCCAUUUGGGAAGCUAUCCUCCGGUCCUCUGUCAAUUGGUCGUCCCAGCCCGUGUAUGGCCAUCUCGACAAGUCUAAUCUAUUUGACAAAUUGUCUUGGUUGGAGAAAAGGAAUCUUGAAGUCGAUGGAAAAUCAUCUCAUAGCCCCCAAUCCUCGAUCCUUCACUGA